AUGGAGGUAGUGCUGAUCUUUCUAUGCAGCCUUUUGGCCCACAUUGUCCUGGCCGGUGCAGUUGAGAGGGAGAAGGAAAUUGACCCUUUUCGUUAUGACUACCAGACCCUGAGGAUUAGGGGGUUGGUAUGUGCUGUGGUCCUCUUCUCCACUGGGAUCCUCCUUAUCCUAGGUUGCAGAUGCAAGUGCAGUUUCAAUCAGAAGUCCGGGACCCCAGGAGAGGAGGAAGCCCAGGUGGAGAACCUCGUCACUGCAAAUGCAACAAAGCUCCAGAAAGCAGAGAGCUGAACGAAGUGCAGCCCUCCAGUGGGAAGCCUCUGGAACCUGAAGGCAGCCGCUUGAACUUUUAGAUGCAAAUGUUGAUGCUUAAGAAAACAGCCACCUCAGCAACAAAUCUUUCCCCAAGAGAAGCCAAUAACUUGUGUGUCCCCCCACGCCCUUCCCUGUCCCUUCUAAACACCAUUCCUCCACCUGAUGAUCCAACUAAUCUCCUGCCUCACCACUGCAGCCUGCAGGCUCCUCCAACUCCUGUGAUGUGUCUGUGUGUGUGUUUGCUGACUGUAGUGUUCAUGGCUACUUGUUCAUGGUUAUUACUGUUAGUGAACUGUGGAUUCACUUUCCUGGGCAGAGGCUGAGCCAUGUGGCCAUCUGCUCCUCUCUGCCCCCCAUCACCUCUCACUCUUGGGAGUCUGCUUUUUUCCCUGGAGAGUCUAGCUCCUUCCCUUUAGAGCAUGGGCAGGAGUCUCCAGUUGUCUUGGGACCUGGGAAGGUUUGCACCACUUUCAUCAUCUUUCUUUAUGGAGUCUCUUCACUCCUUUUACAAGAACCUCGCUUCCUUAUCCCACUCCAACCCCAGUCUGUUCUGAAGAUCAGCAAUUAGAGAUACAAAGCAAAGCAAGGAGUUUGUGAGCCCAGCAUUGCCUUCAGGAGGCUAUUAUACCCUUCCAUGGUUAUUUUUCUCCCUGGGGAAGCACCAGGUAGCUCCAUCUGCCCUGCCCUUCACAUAGCACCCAGGGAUUCCAGGCUCAGGGCUGCUGCUUUUUUUCUUUUUUUUUCAGAGUCCCACUCUGUCACCCAAACCAGAAUGCAGUGGCACGAUCUCAGCUCACUGCAUCCUGGGUUCAAGGGAUUCUCAUGCCUGGGUCUCCCGAGUAGCUGGGAUUAUAGGCAUGCAGCACCACACCCAGCUAAUUUUUGUAUUUUUAGUAGAGAUGGGGUUUUCCCUGGCCUCAAGCAAUCCACCUACCUUGGCCUCCCAAAAUUCUGGGAUUACAGGUGUCAGCCACCAUGCCCAGACCAGGCCCAGGGCUUCUAAUCUGCCCUUGGGGAAUGUAGCCAUUACAUAUCUUAUCAGCAAUAACCACAGGGGCUGUGGUACCCCACCCGUCUCCAACCUUCCUGCUUCCAAUACUUCAACCUACAGCCCAGUUUUUGUGAGCACAGGCUUCCAUCCUUGAAGUUGAGUCUCCAGCAGGUGAUGACUGAAAGAUUCCCAUUCUGUUGCCGCCAGCACACUGGAACGGACAGAGGGAGAGUAAGGGGCCUUUGCUUCUCUGCCCAUGUCCCCUUGGUCAGCAAACUCCCGCAUCCUUUGUGCUGCCUGUCAGUGGUCAGAGAGGUGAGUGAGGUAGGUUAGAGACCCAGUAGGCUCCAUGCAGUGCUGCUGCAGAGGGUACAGGAAGAGGUCAAAGGUCAUAAUGACAGCGGGAGCUCAAACGAGAUCCCGCCCUUCCUGUCCUCCAUGUGCCUGUGGAAAUCAACCAACCGAGCCUCUGUGCCAGACUGCUGUUUUCUGUAUCACGAUCUGUCUGAACAACAGAAAAAAGGAAUAAAAUAUUUGUUUCCUAGUGAAAAAAACCCAUGAACAAAAAACAAGUAAACUUCAAUCAAUGGAUUAUUUUUAAAGUAAACAAAAGUUUUGGAAUCUUUUCUUGAGAAUUAAAAUAUUAUUUCAAGACUUUACAUAAACUAACAACUUUCUCAACUGUUAGUUACAGGAGCCAAUGAGU